AUGCUGUAUUACUUAAUUCUCAUUACAUUUGUUGUCUUUUUCAAUUUGACAACUGCAUUCCCGCAUAAAGAUGCACAAAAAGAUUCGAAAGAAAUGGGGAAAAUUAUAACAAAAACAAGUGAUGAGAAGCCAUCAGGAAAUCUCGGUCUUAUCAAAACUGAUGAAGAAGCGAUUUGUGAAGAUGAAUUAUGCAAUAAUCGAGGUACAUGUAUUGGCAAUAAAGAUACAAACUUUUGCAUUUGUAGGCUUGGCUAUACUGGAAUGCAUUGUGAAAAUUCUCCAUGCGAUUCAACAAAAGAUUGUAACGGUAAAGGAUUAUGCAUUGGUACAUCGACAAGUUAUACAUGCAUGUGUCAAUUAGGUUACACUGGUGAAAACUGUGAAAAGAAUGCUUAUUGUUAUAGCUAUUAUUGUGUAAACAUUUCUGGCAGAAAGAAAUGGAAUAAAGGCGGUGAAUUGCACAAAAAUCGAGAAGUUUACUUCGAAAUUCGAAUUUCAAAUAGUAAAGUCUGUGUGAUCGAAGAAAACAGCAAUUUACAGUGCUAUUCCAUAACGCAUAGCAGUGGUUUUCUUGUUUUUCUCGAUACCAAUGGAAGUUUUUCGAAAGAAGUGAACCACAAAUGA